AUGGCCUCUGUGUGGACCUCGCCGGAUCAGAUAAUAAGUGAGAAGCAAGUAUCAAGUAAGACUCUCCUUCAACUCACAGGGUGGGACCAUGUGACCCUCGCAGUGUUCCCAACGGGAGCGCUCCCCAGCCUGUCCCUCAGCCCCGCGGGAGGCACAGAACAUUUAUCAGGCCGGACACCUCCCUCACCCUCGCCCUCCAUCGUCUUCAAGGUCAAGGACACCACGCCUCUCUCCAGCGUCCUGUCAUUCAGACGUAAGCUCGAUGGCAUCGCGUCCUCUAUAUCUACUCCGAACGCCGCGCCUCCCAGCGGUGGCAGCGGCAGCGGCGGUGAGCGGGGCCGCUGCAGCAUCGGCCAUCUCGUGCUACCUGGCCCUACCCCUCUUCCUGGCCAUCCCAUAACCCCCACUCUCUCCAUUACUGACCAGUCCCUCACCCCCCAUCACCCCUGUCCGCCAUACCCCUCCGCUCUUCCAUUAAGCGACCCCUCCCACCACCCCGCUGCACCUCCCUCCCUCAUUCAUCCUGUCCCCUCCCAUCCCCCCCAUUUUCCCAGCGACACCCCAGUCAAGCAGGCCAUCCCCCACCCAGACUCCCAGGCUCCGCUCUCUUCUACUGUGCUCACCUCCCCUUUUUCCAUCAUCCGCCAUCCUCCAUAUCCCACAUACUCGUGGGUGAAGAGACAUCUUACAACUGCUGUCACCUAA